CCCGCCUUGCAGAUAUGGCGAAUUGACUUGUAGCAAGCGCUGACCUGAAUUGUUGCGAGCAUCUACUACUUAGCGCGCGCCCGCCACGAUCGAAGACCCAUUCAACUGACCUCUGGCGCUCCGCGCUUCCCACAGAGAUUCCUACAUAUACCGCCCCAAACCUGACCAGACUCUCCUUUUCCCGAACGACGAUCCUCACGACAAGCCCACGCACCAGCAACAUGUUCGACACGACGCCCCGGCCUGAGGUCGAUGUGCACUCGAAGGCGGAGGAGGCGGGCCUUGUCAGGAAGGAGCUCUCUGAGACGACGCCGCUCCUUCCCAACGCUCGACCGCGCACGAACUGGGCGAAGGUGACGCUGGCCGUCACCCUGGUGGCCGCGUACUAUGCCUCACUCCCCUUCAUAUGGCGCUACCUAGAUAGGGGAGACGCUGAGGGAACGACGUAUGCGGUGUGCACGAGGGAAGCGGAUGGUGUAUAUACUGUGGACGCGCAGAACACGGCGACGCAGUGCGUGGUUGUGAGCGAUGAGGUGGUCGCUGAUACGGGGUCUUUGGACUUUGUCAAGUCCACCUAUGUUGACAUACAUGUACACUUCGCACCUGAAGGCGCCACAAUCAUACCCGGAAUGACCGAGUCACAUAUGCAUACCCUGUUACAUGGAAACUACCGCAUGCUCCCACUUGAAGAAGCGAAGAAUAUAUCUGCCGCGGUCGCCCUCGUCCGCAACUACAUCCUCAAUGACCCGGCCGUGUACAAUAACAAGUCAAAAGUCAUUGAAGGCUUCGGCUGGGAUGGCACGAUAUGGCCAGAGAAGCGAUGGCCGACUGCCGCCGAUCUCGACGCAGACGACGUUGUCCGCGGCCGCCAGGUCGUCCUGCGAAGCAAGGACGCGCACUCGUAUUGGGUCUCAGGCAAGACGAUGGAGGUAAAUGCGCCGUUCCCGGACGAGGUCGAAGGCGGCAAGAUAGUGAGGGAUGAGGAUGGGAAGCCAGUAGGCGUCUUCGUCGAUAACGCCCAGAACCUCAUCGCGUACCCGGCCUACACGGACGAGGAUCUCCUGAAGAAAUUCAGCUAUACUGCGAACGACGCGCUGUCGUAUGGGAUUACGACGGUUCAUGACGCGAAGCUGGACCCGAAGGAAAUAGACUUCUUCCAUAGACAAGCACUAGCUGGUAAUCUCAAGGUUCGCGUCUACGGCAUGCACUUCUUCGACGAAGACGAGGGGUACUUCGGCAACACCAGCAAGCCUGUCAUCGGUGCUGGAAAUGGCUUCUGGACGCAGCGCAGCGUGAAGAUCGUUGCUGAUGGUUCUCUGCGAAGCCGGAGCUCCUGCCUCUACGAAGACUAUUCCGACGAAGCUGGUAACCGGGGCUUCAUGCGCGUCCCCGCUGAGGUGCUCGAGGAAGUCAUUCCGGCGUUCUUGAGGGACGGCUGGCAAGUUAACGUUCACGGCAUUGGCGACCGCGCCAAUGGCUAUGUCGUGUCUGCGCUGGAGAAGGCACUCGCCGGCGUCAACGUGACUGCAGCGCGUCCGCGAAUUGAGCAUGCGCAGAUCAUGACGGACGAGGAUAUCGAAAGGUUGGGAAAGCUUGGUGUCAUCGCAAGCAUCCAGCCAACACAUGUGACCGACGAUAUGUGGUACGCGCAGGAUCGCCUGGGCCCCAAGCGAGUUGAAGGCCUCUACGCCUUCCGAAAAAUCAUGGAUGCCGGCUCGCGCAUUACACUUGGCUCCGACUCUCCCGUCGAAACCAUGAACCCUAUCGCAGGCAUCUACGCAGCGAUAACGCGCCUCACCGCAGACGGACGAUCGCCUCAUGGGCCGGAAGGCUGGUUCCCGAAGCAGCGCCUCACGCGGCUGGAGGCUUUGCGUGGAUACACGAUCGACGCCGCGUAUGCCGCGUUCACGGAGGAUCGCUUGGGCUCGUUGGAGCGCGGGAAACGGGCCGACUACGUGGUGCUUUCGCAGGAUGUGAUGAAGGUGCCGGUGGAGGACAUGUUGAAGACGAAGGUGCUUGCGACGGCGAUUGACGGCAAGGUAGUAUAUGGCGCGCUGUAAAGCGCUGCUGCAGAUAUAACUGUUCUCCGGGAUACUAUCAUUUCAUGUAGGAUAUACAGCAUAGUCCAUAAAGGAGUACACUCGCUCGGAAUGCAAUUGUCAUUUUUUUUGCCGUC